GCCCACGUUCCGUUACUUCACCUGGCAUACAUGCGUGCUGGGCAUCAUCGGUUGUGCCAUCAUGAUGUUUCUCAUCAACGCCAUCUACGCCUCAGCUAGCAUUGCCUUCAUGCUGCUCCUCCUCCUGCUGAUUCACUACCUCAGCCCCACGUCCAGCUGGGGAUACAUCAGCCAGGCUCUCAUUUUCCACCAGGUGCGUAAAUAUCUUCUGAUGCUGGACGUCAGGAAGGACCACAUUAAGUUCUGGAGACCUCAGAUCCUACUGAUGGUUUCCAACCCUCGCAGCAGUGUGGGCCUCAUUACCUUCAUCAAUGACAUCAAGAAGAGCGGCCUCUACGUGCUGGGACAUGUCCAGCUGGGAGACCUCAGCACUUUACCGUCUGACCCCUUGCAGGCUCAGUAUGACUCCUGGCUGUCCCUGGUGGACCAUCUGAACAUCAAAGCCUUUGUCAACCUGACAUUGGCAGAUUCCGUACGUCAUGGUGUCCAGCAUCUCCUCUUCAUCUCAGGACUUGGUGGGAUGCGACCCAACACCUUGGUUCUCGGUUUCUAUGACGACUGCCUUCCAAAAGAUAAGCUGAUUGAAUCUCCCCUGUUUUCCACCGAGUCCGUGGAGCCCUUCAGUCCCUCUGAGGAUGUCGAUCAGCCUCCCAUGUAUCACUUUGCCUCCCUGCGAGGGUCCAGUGACAGGCACGAUUAUGGUGAAUUUGGGGAUGGGAAGGUUUUAGGCCCCCAGGAGUAUGUUUCUGUUAUUUCUGAUGCGAUGAAGAUGCUCAAGAAUGUGAUACUCGCUCGAUACUUCAAUGACUUCGACAGAGCUCAGGUCCUUUCGUCGCCCUCCCCCCUCGCCAAGGGAGACGUGUUCGUUGAUGUCUGGCCAAUAAACCUCCUGCGCCCGGACAGCUGCAGCUACGUCGACACCUGCUCCCUGUUCCUGCUGCAGCUAGCGUGCAUCCUCAACAUGGUGAAAGCCUGGCGCAAAGCUACUCUGCGACUCUUCCUGUGCGUGGAGGAGGGGCAAAGCGUCAGGGGCUCAGAGGCCAAGCUCGGCCAGCUCCUUAAAGAUUUGAGAAUUAAAGCUCAGGUGUACCCCGUACCGUGGGACCAGGUGGUGGGGUUACACUGGCAGCGGCAGGGUGGAUUCAGCAAGAACCAGAAGUUCCUGUCUCCAGACUCCACCACCGAUGAGAUGGAGGCGAGACCCAUGGAGGAGGAGAGCGAAGACGAUUACGUCAACAGCUUCCCAAGCAAUGCCACGCGCGUCUCCGAUGACUACCUGACAGCCGUCAAUAAGCUGAUCCUUGACCAGGCCAGCCAACCGCCUGCCGUGCGUUUCCUGUACCUGCCCCGCCCCCCAGCCGACACCCGCCGGUACGCUACUUACCUACACCAGCUGGAUCUGCUUACUCAGGAUUUAGGACCCACUCUCCUCAUCCACGGAGUCACGCCUGUCAUCACCACUGACCUGUGAGCUCGCCUCUCCUCUUCCUCACACGUUCAGCGAAGCGUGCCUUACACUCUGACAGCGAGCGAAGUCUCCAGCGUCCCCAUUAAAGGUGUGGACGGCAGCUCAGCAUUGACCUCUCCAUUAUCACUGCUAGCUCGCUGACACCACCUUCCCUGCCUUAUACAAUGUUCCUAGUUUUUAACUCUUUCCUUUUUAUAUGUCUUCUAACUUCCAAAUAACUUUGCGGACAUUUACCAAACACCAGGAGGCACACCUGGGCAAAGCUCACUGUAGUUUUAAGCUCAGCGUUGAAUCCGAUGUCAUUCUUCUUAACGACCUUUCCACAUGUGCUCAAAUCAAAAAGUGCCUCUAAUAGUUAUGAAACAUAAUUUAAACAACAUUGAUGCUUAAAGCAAUCGUUUCCUUUUCCUUUUAGGAGUUCAGAACAAAGAUAAAUCAUAGCAGAGAUGCUUCUACAAUGUGUUCUCUGACUCUUUUAUUCCCAUAUGAUUUUAUGUAUAAUCUCAGGACGACAUUCCUUUUUAUCCAAAUGCACUUUUUGUCCUGCCACGUCUGCCGAAAUGCACAACGUGCAGAUAAAGAACAAAAAAGACUAACGUUUCCCUGCUCCAGCGACUGAGACUAACUUUUUCCAUUUGUUUUUAUUAUCUCCUACAAUCUCGUCACUUUUGGUUUCCUCUCAGUGGCCGUGCUGGUUGACCGGCUUUGUGCUAAAUUGCCCGAAUGAAUUUAAAUAUCUGCUCAUCUCUGCUGCGAAACUCAUUAGCUAAAGUGCUUGUAACAUUAAAAACAUGUUUCUGUAAAUUCUGCUCAACUGUGUGGACAAAAUUGGAGUUAUUGGAACGUAUGUAAGGGCAAAAGCGUAGAACUGUAUGCAGUCUCGGCGUCGGCUUUUAACAGUGAACAACCCAGCGUACUGUGAUAAAUGCUUCCUUUGUUAUGCACUCCGUACCCUCUGGAACAAACUCAAGGGUUUAAUAAACUUUAGCCUUUAAAUGUCAGAAAUCAGAUGAACUCCACAAGGACUUCAGAUCAUCUGAGGGCAGACUUUUUGCUUUAAAGGAAACCUGGUGCUCUGAUUUCACUCUAAACAUUGUUUGUAUCUGGACUCUUUCCAAAUGGAUUUCCUUCUGAUCUUUUUACAUUGACUAUUUUUUUUACUGAUACAAUUUUGUUUGGACACUACACUCCUUAAACCACUCGCACUACAUUUCUUCAUGUGUUUGUCUGGGAUUUCUGUUCUCCCCUCUACAGGAAAACAACAAAUUCAGUUGGACAUGGUUUACUGAAGGAAUUAGUAUUUGUAUUACUGUUGAAUUAUGUCCAAACUUUUCAAGACGUUGACUGUAAUGACACAAAAAAAUAAACAUCUUUAUCAGUU